CCUCAGCUCUAAUAUCUAUGUCGUCUACACUAGCAGGCCCCUUGACAGACCAUUGUUUCACUUCAGUCGCACACAGCGGUACACCCAAGGGCAAAAGUAUCACUAUUGCUGGCGUACCCACAUACUUAUCUGCUCCGCAAGCUCCCACUGCGUCCGGUGUGGAGACCGUCAUCCUGUACUUUUCAGAUGUCUUCGGGCCAUUUUAUAUCAAUGCCCAGUUGGUUCAAGACUAUUACGCUUCUCAAGGUUUCACCGUGGUUGGGAUCGAUUACUUUUUCGGCGAUCCCGUGCACCUGCAUCUCGAUAAGCCUGGAUUUGAUCGUCAGACGUGGAGAGCAAAGUCUGUUGAGCAGGCAAGGACUAGCGUCCCGAAAUGGUUAGAUGGUGUCAAGGAAAUGUUUGGCACAAAUGUGAAGUACUGUGCUGUCGGUUUCUGUUUUGGCGCGCCCUAUGUCUUUCAUGUUGCGGGUACUGAUAUGGUAUCGUGCGCCGCUGUGGCCCAUCCUACGAACCUGACUGAGGAACUUUUGAGAGCCAGCAAAGUGCCUCUUCUGUUCUCUUGUGCAGAAACGGACUCUGCAUUCCCAGUGCCGUUUCGACGACGCGUUGAAGACAUUCUUGUGGAGAAUAAAGCGACGUACUAUUUCCAGAUAUUCAGCGGCGUGCCGCAUGGCUUCGGGACGAGGGGAAAUCCGGAAGUUGAGAGUGAAAGGUGGGCGAAGGAAGAGUGCCAGCGUGCGAUGGUGGCAUGGUUCAGGCGGUUCGCGAAUAGCAAGUUAUAGAUUCCAUUUUUUUGCAUCAGAACGAGUCGUAGGAUAACUCAUUAUGGUUUUAUCACCUUUAUUGCCUAUCAUCUAAUGUAGCGUAAUAUCGUGUUUCUGUGGAAGUACCUGC